AUGAGAUCCAUGGGCAGCUCGGACUCAUCUUCCGGCUCGGCACCGCCGCGGCAUCAGCCACCGCCGCCUCCGCAGCAGGGCUCGGCGCCGGACCUCCCGCCGGGCUUCCGGUUCCACCCGACGGACGAGGAGCUGGUCGUGCACUACCUCAAGAAGAAGGCCGCCAAGGUGCCGCUCCCCGUCACCAUCAUCGCCGAGGUGGAUCUCUACAAGUUCGACCCAUGGGAGCUGCCCGAGAAGGCGACCUUCGGGGAGCAGGAGUGGUACUUCUUCAGCCCGCGCGACCGCAAGUACCCCAACGGCGCGCGGCCCAACAGGGCGGCCACGUCGGGGUACUGGAAGGCCACCGGCACGGACAAACCUAUCCUGGCCUCCGGGUGCGGCCGGGAGAAGGUCGGCGUCAAGAAGGCGCUCGUCUUCUACCGCGGGAAGCCGCCCAAGGGCCUCAAAACCAACUGGAUCAUGCACGAGUACCGCCUCACCGACGCGUCUAGCUCCGCCACCACCAGCCGACCGCCGCCUGUCACCGGCGGGAGCAGGGCUGCCUCUCUCAGGUGUACGUCGUCUUCUCAUCAGUUGGACGACUGGGUGCUGUGCCGCAUAUACAAGAAGAUCAACAAGGCCGCCGCCGGGGAUCAGCAGAGGAGCAUGGAGUGCGAGGACUCCGUGGAGGACGCCGUCACCGCAUACCCGCCCUAUGCCACGGCGGGCAUGACCGGUGCAGGGGCGCAUGGCAGCAACUACGAUUCACUGCUCCAUCACCUGGACAGCCACGAGGACAACUUCCUGGACGGCCUGCUCACAGCAGAGGACGCCGGCCUCUCGGCGGGCGCCACCUCGCUGAGCCACCUGGCCGCGGCGGCGAGGGCGAGCCCGGCUCCGACCAAACAGUUUCUCGCCCCGUCGUCUUCAACCCCGUUCAACUGGCUCGAUGCGUCAACCGUUGGCAUCCUCCCGCAGGCAAGGAAUUUUCCUGGGUUUAACAGGAGCAGAAAUGUCGGCAACAUGUCGCUGUCGUCGACGGCCGACAUGGCGGUGGACAACGGCGGGGGCAAUGCGAUAAACGCCAUGCCUCCAUUUAUGAAUCAUCUACCCGUGCAAGACGGGACCUACCAUCAACAGCAUGUCAUCCUCGGCACCCCGCUCGCGCCAGAAGCCACUGCCGCCGCCACCUCUGCCUUCCAGCACCCCGUCCAAAUAUCCGGCGUGAACUGGAAUCCCUGA